AUGUUAAAAAUCUUGCCACCCUCAGUUUCGUCGAUGCUUGUAGGUCGCAGUUGUGACAAAAUUUCAGAUUUUAUCAAAAUUUUAGAAGAAUCAAUUACAGACAAAAAUUUGAUUGACGCCGGGAGUAUGCCCUGCGGUUUUGAGAAGGAGUGGAAGGAUGAGGUAGGCAAUUUGAAGAGACUUGUUGAGGCCAAAGAGGAAAAAAUUUUGGCUGCAGUGUCUUCAGUAACAGAAGAAAAAUUUGAGAAUUUUUUGAAACAGUUUAAGGAGCUGAAUGUCGAAAGUAAUACUUUGUUUGUGGGAAACAACACAAACAGGGGCCGUGGGGGCAACAACCGCUACAAUGGUCGUGGAGGCCGUGGCAAUUUUAGAUUCAGGGGAAAUGGGAACAAUUAUUUUGGGCGCGGUAAGCAAAAUUUUGGAGGGUAUUACCAAAAUAACGGUAAUAACCACUACUUUCAGGGGCAAAAUUACGGCUAUCAGCCGUCAAAUGGACCCAACGGUUUUGCAAAUGGUUGGGGCCAAAACCAGGUUUUCCAAAGUGGCAACCAGGGGGGAACCUGGCAAAGUCAAGGUCAGCAAGGUGGCUACCAAAACCAAGCAAGUGGUUUCCAAGGUAACCAGGGUGGACAACAGAACCAAGCGAAUGGUUUCCAAGGUAACCAGGGGAACUCCCAGAGAGGGGGUAGAGGGAACUGCUACUUGUGCAAUGAGCCUGGUCACCGUAUGUUUUCAUGCCCUAAAUUGCAGAAUUUUCGGCAGUAA